AUGGCGGAAGACCAAGACACCUCGCCGCCUCCUGGAGAGUUUGAGCAGCCGCCGAACAACGAGAGGGCAGCCCACGAGCGCCGUACUCAAGAGUAUAAGUUGUCCGCACACUUCGAAGUUAUCACCGGGUCCAGCAAGACACUACACAACAUACGAAAGCACAUCGUCUCAGGCAAGAUGAACACUGCAAUUUUCCUACUCCUUUCUUUCGUUCCUUUGGUUUAUACAGCCGAGACUCUCUCCACGAUUGGCAACAUUGGGCGAAAGGCUGGUGACGCUCUCGGCCCUAUCGGCGAUGCGCUCGGCCUGAUUCAAUUUGCCGUAGAGCUCAUCGAUACUCCCUCCAAUACAGGUGGUACGAAGGUGCAGAUCGACUUGGGACAGAUCCCCGCAGCAUCGAGGGGCAACUACGUCGUACAUCAGCACGAACAGGAAACCACACAAGGACAAUACAUCGAUGUCAUUGCAAGUGACGAUGAGAUAUGCAUUUCAUGGAUCCUGACCGCGCAGCCCUCCGGCUCAUCUGAACAGCGCGUUUGGCUUGGCGACAUCGGAGCGAGCUGCGGCCAAGCAUGGGAAUACAGCUCUCAGACCUUGAGCGGCGGGACCAAUACGACAUACUGGGGCAAAUGCGUCUGGAUGGACACUGAUGGCGGCAAAGACAUCGACAUCGAUCCAGUGGCCAUCACGCUGCGCCAGAUGAAGAUCAACACUUUUGCUUACGGAGCCGACGCCCAGGACAAAGGCCUGGAUUACUACUGCAGCGCGACCAUCUUUACCCACGACGAUGCCGAUCCUAUCGAAGCACGACCAGCAGGGCCACAUGCGCGGGACAGUCUCGGUAAUUCCGGCGGCAUGUCCAUUGAUCCAAGAUCUGUACCUCAACCACCGCGAGUGACAGAGCCGAAAAAGCCUCGGCCUCGCAGCCAGAAGUCGACUGAGAGGCUGAUCGUCAACUCGAGGCCUGAGCAAUCGGCAGUCAAUCUGUGUAACUCCCCGACGUCCCGCGGGUCGGACUUUGUCUCCAAGAACGAGGGCUUGUUCUGCGACAUGGAGACGAAGACGUUGUAUCCUUUGUGCUCAACGGACCAAUGUACGGACUGCUUCGAUGUCGACGCUGAUGAGUUGCAAAUGAGGAAAAGAGACUCCACGGGACUUUAUGCCAGAGAUACGCCGCCGAAGCGAUACAAGAAGAUUCAAGUCGUGGAAUAA